AUGGACGCAAGCGAAGCCCAGACUAUGGUGGCCGCCUGGCUGCGCGAUGCUGUCGCUGCCUUCCAGAAGGUCCCUGGAUCCGCCGUACUCAUCCGAUAUGUUCAGUCGAGUUACCAAAAUGACCCUAUUCGCUCUGGUAUCGAGCUGGUUCUUUUCAUCUUCUUCGUCCGCUACCUACUCUCGCCAUCCUACUCGACUCAGAAGCAGAACUUUAUUAAACUACGUGACGAUGAAAUCGACGAGCUUGUCGAAGAUUGGACUCCCGAGCCGCUUGUGCCUCCUCAGAACUCGCUCGAGGAAAUGGAGAGCGAGCGACUGCCUGUAAUCGUUGGACCUACUGGACCCAAAACCAAACUUGCAAGCGGCCGCACCGUGACGAACCUCGCGUCCUACAACUUUUAUAACUUCAACGCGAACGAGCAAAUCAAGGACAAGGCCAUUCAGACGCUGCGCACCUAUGGUGUAGGCCCCUGCGGUCCUCCCCAGUUCUACGGCACUCAGGAUGUGCACAUGAAGACUGAGGCAGACAUUGCGGCUUACCUUGGCACAGAGGCAUGCAUUGUCUACGCUCAAGCAUUCUCUACCAUUUCCAGCGUCAUUCCGGCUUUCUGCAAACGCGGAGACAUCAUCGUGGCGGAUCGCGCCGUUAACUACUCCAUUCGCAAGGGACUGGAGGCUUCCCGGAGCACCAUUAAGUGGUAUGCUCAUGGAGACAUGGAUGACCUGGAACGUGUUAUGCAAAAGGUGGUUAAGGACCAAAGAGGCAAAAAGUUGACACGCAGGUUCAUUGUUACAGAGGGUCUAUUCGAAACCACCGGUGACCAUGCUGAUCUCCCCAGACUCGUUACACUGAAGGAGAAGUACAAGUUCCGCAUCAUUCUUGACGAGACUUGGUCUUUUGGUGUUCUCGGCCGUACCGGCCGUGGCCUCACUGAGGCACAGAACGUCGACCCGUCGCAGGUAGACAUGAUUGCAGGCUCUCUUGCCGGUCCUCUUUGUGCUGGCGGUGGGUUCUGCGCCGGAGCCAAAGAUGUUGUUGAGCAUCAGCGACUUACUGCAGCGUCAUACACCUUUUCGGCCGCCCUUCCUGCUAUGCUGGCUGUUACGGCUAGUGAAACCCUUAGCGUCUUGCAGUCCAAUCCAGAUAUCUUGACGCAGUGUCGUGAAAACAUCAAGGCUAUGAAGACACAGCUGGACCCCCGCAGUGACUGGGUUGUAUGCACCAGCUCACCCGAGAACCCAAUCAUGCUCCUUGUGCUGAAGCCCGAGGUUGUUGCGGCACGAAAACUUACGAGAGAAGACCAAGAGCGUCUGCUGCAAGAAUGCGUUGACGAGGUAAGCUGUAUUCGCCUGCAACCCAUUCGGUUACUAGACGUUUUGCUAAUCUUGGCCUGUGCGACUGAAGGCACUCGCAAAUGGGGUUUUGAUUACCCGUCUGAAGAGUAUGGCUAUUGCCAAUGA